AGUGGCCAAAAGUAUCAGACGGGCCAAGCUAAGCCACACAAUAUAAGUGAGACUGCUUUUCAUAGAAGCAGAAUCACACCUUUACCCUCUUUGUUCAAGCUACAAUAUGUCCCGAGGAGGCCGUGGAGGAGGAAGAGGUGGUGGUCGUGGUGGUGGUAACCCUGCGAUGGCCAUGAUGCCAUUUGAAUUGAUGGGCGAUCUCGGAUCCGGUGGUUUAUUCAAUGUUCAAACCGACCUGUUUCCCGAACGAGAAAUUGCAUACCCAAGAGCUCCUACAACUCGAGAAAAAGAACAAUUAGCAGCAUCCAAGUCAUACCGACAAGCUCUAAAGUCAAGUGCUUUCUAUCUCAGACCUCCCCCUCCACCUAAAGAUAUCGAGCGCUAUUCAGAUCGAUACAAAGCAAAUCUUGACAAACCGCCGUCGUUGCAAAUCAUUUCAUCCAAUACCUCGUUUUUUCCGGACGAGCUACACAGUAUUCUUGAUCCAAAGAAGAAAGUUAAAGCUCGCAAACAAACAUACGAUCAAUCCAAUGCAUUGCGCGAUUUGGACGCUCUCACUAACGAAGCAGAAAACGGCACCAAAGCUGGCGAUGACGAUGACGAAGAUGAAGAGAAGGAAGGCCAAGGUUCUGGCGCGGAGGAAGAGGACUAUGAUGAUGAAGAGGAUCUGAUUGACGAUAAUGACUAUGGACAAAACUACUUUGAUAACGGCGAAGGAGAUGACGUUGACGAUGAUGAUGAGGGCGGUGGCGACUUUUACUAAGGAUUAUAUUCACACCACAUCGUUUAUUUCAUUUUUUAUCGCAUUUCACACUCAAAAGAAUAACAAGCAUUUCCCAUCAACAUCCAAUCUUGCUAAUCACUACUGUUUUUCUUUUCCCUUUUUUAUCACACUAU